AUGAGCAAUGAUAUUUUGAAUAUUAGUGUCUUGGUGCUUGCUUAUUCUCUGUCUGGUUGGCAUAUGCUUAUGCAUUUCCACACCAUUUAUACCCUUAAGCCGAGGUUCAUCUUUCGGUCUUUUCCUUCUAUCUAUAUCUACAUGAAUCAUAUUCACCUAUGAUAGAUGUCUUAACAGAGAGAAAAUCAAUUAUAUGAAAUGAUUGAAAAAAAAAAGGAUUGCUAAGUUAACCUGUAUUCAUGCACCCCUCACCAGGUAACGAGAUAUGCUUUCGCUUUUCAUUGGCACUAGCAAGCAUUUGAAUUUGCAGUGAAAGGAAGCCUGCAUUGGAUAGGUGGAAAAUGUCCGUGGAUAGUUUGAUGGUGCGAAAGAAAAGGUGUUCAGAAUGCGCGCUCCCGCAUUCAAUAUUGCUACUUACGCUCGCCUAUUGCAGGAGUGCAUCGACACCAAAGCUUUGGCUCAGGGGAAGGCUAUUCAUGGACAUAUUGCUAAAUCAGGAUUUGAUUCAUACAUAUUCCUUUGUAAUCGUCUGCUUUAUAUGUAUGCCAAAUGUUCAGCUUUGGCAGACGCUACCCGAGUUUUUCAAAACAUGCAUCUCAGGGAUGUAUUCUCAUGGACUAGUAUCAUCACAGGGUAUGCAAACUGUGGGUUUAUGGAUGACGCACGCCAACUGUUUGACAAAAUGCCUGAACCAAACGACGUCUCAUGGAAUGCAAUAAUUGCUGGGUAUGCACGAAAUGGGUAUUGUUCUGGAGCUCUGGAGCAAUAUGGACAGAUGCAGCAAGCGGGAAUUAAACCCACCCGGUUUACCUUUGCUACUGUUGUUAGUGUUUGUACUAGACUUGCAGCUGUGGAAGUGGGAAAACAGCUUCAUGCCCACAUUGUUAUGAAUGGGCUUGGAUUGAAUAGCUUUGUUGGGAGUGCCCUUGUUGAUAUGUAUGCUAAAUGUGGAAGCAUUGAUGAUGCAAGGCUUGUGUUCGAUGAAAUGUCUGAACGAGAUAAUGUGACAUGGACUGCAAUGAUUGCAGGAUAUGGCCAAGAUGGGAACGGUUUGGAAGCCCUUAAGCUAUUCAGGCAAAUGCAAUUGGCAGGAGAGAAGCCUAAUCAGCUCACCUAUGCCACCAUCCUCAGUGGCUGUGCCUGUAAGAUAUGUUUCCAACAGGGAAUUCAAGUCUAUGCACUCGUGAUUAAGAAUGGAUAUGUUUCCAACUUGUUUGUGUUAAGUGGUAUUGUAAAUUUGUAUUCCAAAUGUGGUGGUCUGUCCGAUGCACGCCAGCUGUUUGAUAUAAUGAGUGAACGGGAUGUGGUGUUGUGGAAUGCCAUGAUUACCGGGUAUGCCCACAAUGGGUAUUUCGAAGAGGGUUUAAAGCUCUUUGUGCAAAUGCAGAUGGCAGGUGCCAAGCCAGAUGAUGUCUCUUUCACUGGCGUUCUCAAUUGUUGGGCAACCUUAGCAGCUUUGGAUGGGGGCAAGCAGGUCCAUGGCCUAAUUUUGAGAAGUGGGUUUGAUGCAAAUGUUUCUGUGGGUAGUUCCCUUAUUGAUAUGUAUGUAAAAUGUGCAAGCAUAGAAGAAGCAAACCGAGUUUUUCAGGAAAUGCCUGAAAGAAAUGUCAUUUCUUGGAAUGCCAUGAUAGGAGGAUAUGCCUUAAAUGGCAAUGGCAAGGAGGCCCUACAACUCUUUGAGAGAAUGGUGUUGGAGGCUGCAAAGCCAAAUGACAGCACAUUUGUUAGUGUUCUCUCUGCAUGCAAGUAUGCUGGCCUAGUGGAUGAAGGCCGCCACUAUUUUAGUUCCAUGAGUCAAGAUUACCAUAUUAUGCCUAGGUUAGACCACUAUGCAUGCUUUAUUGAUCUCCUUGCUCGUGCAGGCCACUUGAAUGAGGCUACAGACAUAGUUGACAGCAUGCCUUUUGAACCAAAUGCCAUUGUGUGGGGGGGACUACUUGGAGCUUGCCGAAGUUAUGGCAACAUAGAGCUAGGAGAACGCGCAGCAGAAGCCCUUUUUGAACUGGAACAGGACAGUGCUACACCCUAUGUCCUCUUAUCACAAAUAUAUGCCACAGCUGGCAGGUGGGAUGAUGCAGCAAAAGUUAGGAGAACAAUGAAGGAAAGAGGAGUGAGAAAGGAAGCAGGAUGUAGCUGGAUUGAGGUGAAGAACAGGGCAUAUGCAUUUGAGGCAGAAGAGAGCUCCCAUCUAUAACGUCAGAAUAUCUCUGCUGUAAAAACUGUCUAAACUAAUGGGGUGGCAGGAUAUGUUUGUUACUCAUUAUUUGUUCAAAAAGAGAAACUUGGAGCAAAGUUAAUUACAAAAUUA